CUGAAGCCCUCGUAUGAUAGAUAUGGUAUGAUGUUCUGCCUCUUUUCCUCUGAAAUUCUAUUUCCACUGGGUCCGGUUACUUUGAUAAAGUUUGGUACAAUUCAUUCGUCAACCAUAUAAGGUUCUCCAGCUGUUCGGAAUUAGGGCGAAAAUCUCCCGGGCUAUAUAUAUAUAUAUAAUCGUGAUUCGAUUCCCUGUUGCUUGAGUAUCCAAAUGGUACAGUGAUUGGUCUGAUUGCAACGAACAAGCGCUCCAGGGUUAGCUCCAAGGUUGGAGUAGAAGGAUUAAAUAAUCUUUAUUAUAAGACCAAGAAGAGGGGUACCCUUAGCCAGUGUUAUUUGUUUCUCUUGGAGGUUGCCCUUAAACAUGCCUUCGCUUCAGCUUCUGCAGCUGACUGAACAUGGUCGUGGGUUAUUGGCAUCAAGAAGGAGAGCACUGCUUAUUGCCACUAGUGUAGCCAUUGGUGGAGCAGCUGCUACUGUGUAUGUGCAGUCACAGAAUAGGAGCAGAAGGCAAAAGCCUUUUGGUCAAUCAAAUGGUGUUAAGGAGGAUAAAAAUGAGUCUGAUCAGUUGACAGUAAAAACGAAGAACGUAGGAAAGAGCCGGAAAAAGAGAGGAAAUUUUAGGUCUCUCCAGGUGUUGGCUGCAAUUCUGUUAUCACGUAUGGGACGAAUGGGGGCAAUGGACAUUUUAUCUUUGGCGGCUAUUGCAGUUUCUCGAGCUGCUGUAAGCAACAGAUUAGCCAAAGUACAAGGAUUCCUUUUCCGUUCUGCUUUUCUCCGGCGUGUACCAGUAUUUCUUCGUCUUAUUAUUGAAAAUAUGUUACUUUGUUUUCUCCUGUCAACAUUAAAUUCCACCUCAAAGUAUGUUACUGGAACUUUAAGCCUAAGGUUUCGAAAGAUUUUGACAAAGAUUACACAUGCUCAAUAUUUUCAGAAUAUGGUGUAUUACAAAAUGUCUCAUGUUGAUACCCGGAUAAGCAGCCCUGAGCAGCGAAUUGCCAGUGAUAUACCAAGGUUCUGUUCGGAAUUGAGUGACCUUGUGCAAGAGGAUUUAUUUGCCGUUACAGAUGGAAUACUUUAUGCCUGGCGUUUAUGUUCGUAUGCAAGCCCAAAAUACAUCUUAUGGAUGAUGGCCUAUGUGUUGGGGGCAGGGGCCACAAUUAGAAAUUUCUCGCCUGCAUUUGGAAAACUUAUGUCCAAAGAGCAACAGUUGGAAGGGGAAUAUAGGCAAUUGCAUUCACGAUUAAGAACCCACGCAGAAAGCAUAGCCCUCUAUGGUGGAGAAAAAAGAGAGGAGUUCCAUAUUCAGGAGAAAUUUGAGAAUCUCGUAGGGCAUAUGAGGGUGGUUCUUCAUGAUCAUUGGUGGUUUGGCAUGAUUCAGGACUUCUUACUCAAGUAUCUCGGUGCUACUGUUGCUGUUGUGCUGAUUAUAGAGCCGUUCUUUGCUGGCCAUUUAAGGCCGGAUUCUUCUACACUUGGACGUGCAGAAAUGUUAAGCAAUUUAAGAUAUCAUACUAGCGUUAUCAUGUCACUGUUCCAGUCACUGGGAACUCUUUCAAUAAGUUCAAGAAGACUCAACCGCCUAAGCGGUUAUGCAGAAAGAAUUCAUGAACUCAUGGCUGUAUCCCGAGAGCUUGCCGCACGAGAAACAUCUUCUCAGCAGGCUGAUGGUAGCAAGAAUUAUUUUAGCGAGGCAAAUUACAUCGAAUUUGAUAAUGUCAAGGUUGUCACCCCAAGUGAUAAUGUCUUGGUGGAGGAUUUAACUCUUAAGGUUGAGUCGGGUUCUAAUCUGUUGAUUACAGGUCCAAAUGGAAGUGGAAAAAGCUCUCUCUUUCGAGUUUUGGGUGGUCUCUGGCCAUUAAUAUCUGGUCAUAUAACAAAACCUGGCAUUGGUUCUGAUCUAAACAAUGAGAUCUUUUAUGUGCCUCAACGACCGUAUACAGCUUUGGGAACUCUACGUGACCAGUUAAUUUAUCCUCUUAGAGCAGAUCAAGAGGUGGAACCCCUGACGCAAAGUGCCAUGGCUGAUCUGUUAAGAAAUGUGGAUCUUGAGUACCUGCUGGACCGCUACCCCCCUGAAAAGGAGGUGAAUUGGGGUGAUGAAUUGUCAUUAGGAGAGCAACAGAGAUUGGGAAUGGCACGUCUUUUCUACCAUAAGCCUAAAUUUGCUAUCCUUGAUGAAUGCACAAGUGCCGUGACAACAGACAUGGAGGAACGCUUCUGUGAUAAAGUUCGGGCUAUGGGAACUUCUUGUAUCACAAUAUCCCAUCGCCCUGCAUUGGUUGCAUUUCAUGAUGUAAUUCUUUCUUUGGAUGGUGAAGGAGGCUGGAGUGUUCAUCGCAAGAGGGCGGGUUCUCCAACUCUUUCCAAUUCUGAGUUUGUAAACAAAAGGAGUUCUGAUACAGAGCGCCAAAGCGAUGCCAUGACUGUUCAGCGGGCAUUUGCCAAUUCUAAAAGGGAUGCAGCAUUUUCAGUUUCUAGGUCACAUUCUUCCAAUUUGAUAGCUUCCUCGCCAAACAUGGAGGACUCUCCAUUGCCUGUUUUUCCACAGCUACAAACUGCUCCAAGGAUAUUACCUUUGAGAGUAGCUUCCAUGUUUAAGAUACUGGUACCCACAGUGCUUGAUAAGCAGGGAGCACAACUCCUUACGGUUGCUGCACUAGUUUUAUCUAGGACAUGGAUAUCAGAUCGUAUUGCUUCCUUAAACGGGACAACUGUUAAGUAUGUUCUGGAGCAAGAUAAAGCUUCCUUCGUUAGGUUGAUCGGAAUCAGUGUUCUUCAAAGUGCAGCAUCCUCCUUUGUUGCGCCAUCUUUGAGGCACCUGACAGGUUUGCUUGCCCUUGGAUGGAGGAUUCGUCUAAGUAAGCAUUUGCUUAAGAAUUACCUGAGAAAGAAUGCUUAUUAUAAGGUUUUUCAAAUGUCCCGGGUAAAUGUUGAUGCUGAUCAGAGAUUAACACAAGACCUGGAGAAGUUAACAACUGAUUUGUCUGGAUUGGUCACUGGAAUGGUAAAACCAAUUGUUGAUAUUCUAUGGUUCACCUGGAGAAUGAAGUUGUUGACUGGUCGAAGAGGUGUUGCUAUUUUGUAUGCAUAUAUGCUACUAGGUUUAGGUUUCCUCAGAAUUGUUACGCCUGACUUUGGUGACCUAACCAGUCGUGAGCAGCAACUGGAGGGAAAGUUUAGGUACAUGCAUGAAAGAUUGCGAGUACAUGCAGAAUCUGUUGCGUUUUUUGGUGGUGGUGCCAGGGAGAAAGAGGUGAUUGAAUCCAGAUUUAGAGAACUUUUUAACCACUCAAUAUUGCUUCUUAAAAAGAAAUGGUUGUUUGGUAUAAUUGAUGACUUUGUGACAAAGCAACUUCCCCAUAAUGUAACAUGGGGAUUGAGUUUGUUAUAUGCCAUGGAGCACAAAGGUGAUCGAGCCUUGACUUCAACUCAAGGUGAAUUGGCACAUGCAUUGCGAUUUUUAGCAUCUGUUGUGUCUCAAAGCUUUUUGGCUUUUGGUGAUAUUCUUGAACUACAUAGAAAAUUCCUCGAGCUUUCAGGAGGCAUCAACAGAAUUUUCGAGCUUGAAGAACUUUUGGAUGCUGCUCAGCAUGAUCAUAUUGAUCGAUCUUUUUCAAGAUCCAAAUGCACAGAAUCUCUUUCAGAGAAUAUUAUUUCUUUCUCCGAAGUGGAUAUCAUCACGCCUACUCAAAAAAUGCUGGCUAGACAGUUAACAUUUGAGAUUACUCCAGGGAAAAGCCUGCUCGUCACUGGUCCAAAUGGAAGUGGGAAGAGUUCUAUUUUCAGAGUUCUUCGUGGCCUUUGGCCGGUAGUUGAUGGAAAACUUGUUAAACCACGCCAACCCAUUGACUUGGAAUCUGGAUUUCAUUUGUUUUAUGUUACUCAACGACCGUACACAUGCUUAGGAACCCUAAGAGAUCAAAUUAUAUACCCGUUAUCUAAGGAAGAAGCAGAGAAAAGGGUAUUACAUCUGAUUACACAAGGUGAAGAAUCUGUUAGCUCGACCGAAGUUUUGGACACACAUCUGAAAUCCAUUCUGGAAAAUGUUAAAUUACUGUAUCUCCUGGAGCGAGAAGGUAAAUGGGAUACUUCCCGAAACUGGGAAGACAUUUUGUCACUUGGGGAACAGCAGAGAUUAGGCAUGGCACGCUUGUUCUUUCACAAGCCCAAAUUUGGAAUCCUUGACGAGUGCACCAAUGCUACCAGUGUAGAUGUCGAAGAGCAGCUUUACCAGCAUGCAAGUAACCUAGGCAUAACAGUGAUAACCUCCUCGCAGCGACCUGCUUUGAUACCGUUCCACUCAUUGGAACUGCGGUUGAUUGAUGGCGAGGGCAAAUGGGAGCUUCGCACAAUCAAACAAGAGUAAGCCACAAUUACUGCUCUGUUCUGCUCUGUCCUGCCUCGUUAUUUAUUUACCAAUUUGUCGCCAAAAAAUGCACAUCAUCUACAAUACAGUCCGCGGGAAGCAUCGACGCCUCUGACCUCUUAUAUAUAAGCCUGAAUAAUGAAAAGAAACUAUAGCAUCACAGUACAUAUGAUUUCCUCCCUUUUGGUGCUUUAUCUUUUGCUGAUAGAGAGUUGGAACUGCAGGAAUCAUUAUAUAGCUAGCUAGCUAGAAUUCACAAUCUAUGCAAACUCAGAAUUUUAAUUAUAAUAAUAAUUAUUAUUAUUAUUUUUAAAGUGUUGUAUGAUAUGAUAUUGGAACAUUUAUUGGGCCUCCCUAAGCAAUAAACGUAUCUCUCUGUCGUCUAA